CCCACGGCGGCGGGCGCAGCCCUGACGCGCUGCCGAGUCGGGGGGCGCCCCGAACGCGGAGCGGGGCCGAGGGGGCGCGAGCGGACGUUGCGGUCCGAGCCGUGCUGAGCCCCGCGGCCACCCCGGGUCCCGGCCAUGAGGAGGGACGACCGAGACGCCAAAGCCAUGCGGUGCCCGCAGCCGCCGGGCGGGCCCGGCUCGCCCCCGGAGAGUCUGAGGAACGGCUACGUGAAGAGCUGCGUGAGCCCCUUGCGUCAGGACCCUCCGCGCGGCUUCUUCUUCCACCUCUGCCGCUUCUGCAACGUGGAGCUGCUGCCGCCGCGGCGCGGCUCCCCCCGCUCACGGGCGCGCAUCUCGCUGGGCGCCCUGGCCGCCUUUGUCCUCGCCCUGCUGCUCGGCUCGGGGCCCGAGGGCUGGGCCCCCGGGGCCGCCCGGCUGCGGACCCUGCUGAGCGUCUGCUCGCACAGCCUCAGCCCGCUCUUCAGCAUCGCCUGUGCCUUCUUCUUCCUCACCUGCUUCCUGGCCCGGACCAAGAGGGGCACAGGCCCGGGCCGGAGCGGCGGCGGCGGCUCCUGGUGGCUGCUGGCGCUGCCCGCCUGCUGUUACUUGGGGGAUUUCUUGGUGUGGCAGUGGUGGUCCUGGUCUUGGGGGGACGGAGACGCAGGGGCCGCGGGCCCGCACACGCCCCCGGCGGUGGCGGGCAGGCUGGCGGCGGUGCUGAGCUGUGCGGGAUUGCUGACGCUCGCGCACCCCGUGCGGCUCCAGCACAGCAUCCUGGUGCUGCUCUUCUCCGGCUGCGUCUGGUGGGUCUCCUUCACCAGCCUCAGGUCCCUGCCUGCAGCCCUCAGGCCGCUGCUCGCCUGCCUGGUCGGGGGCGUUGGCUGCCUGCUAGCCCUGGGGUUGGAUCGCUUUAUUCAAGUCAGGGAAGCCCCUCAUCAUCUUCGGUUGUCCAGUACCGCGGAGGAAAAAGUGCCUGUGAUUAGACCUCGGAGGAGGUCCAGCUGCGUGUCGUUCGGAGAAACUUCGGCCAGUUACUCUGGCAGCAGCAAAAUGUUCAGGAGACCUUCGUUGCCUUGCAUUUCCAAAGAACAGAUGAUUCUUUGGGAUUGGGACUUAAAGCAAUGGUAUAAACCUCAUUAUCAGAAUUCUGGAGGUGGAAGUGGAGUUGAUCUUUCAGUACUGAAUGAGGCUCGCAAUAUGGUGUCAGAUCUUCUGAUUGAUCCAACCCUUCCGCCACAAGUCAUUUCUUCCCUGCGGAGCAUCAGUAGCUUGAUGGGUGCUUUCUCAGGUUCCUGUAGGCCAAAGAUUAAUCCUCUCACACCAUUUCCUGGAUUUUACCCCUGCUCUGAAAUAGAGGACCCAGCUGAGAAAGGAGAUCGGAAACCUCACAAGGGACUGAACAGUAGGAAUAGUUUACCAACUUCGCAGCUGAGGCGAAGCUCAGGAACUUCAGGUCUGCCGCCUAUUGAACAGUCUUCUUCAAGGUGGGAACGCAAUAAUGGCAGAAGGCCUAACCAAGAAUUUGGCAUUGCAAGUCAAGGAUGCUAUCUAAAUGGGCCUUUUAGUUCAAAUCUACUGACAAUCCCGAAGCAAAGGUCAUCUUCUGUAUCCCUAACUCACCAUAUAGGUCUAAGAAGAGCUGGUGCUUUAUCCAGCCUGAGUCCUGUGAAUUCUCCCAUCCAUGGACCAGUGCCUGUUGGCUCUCUAACUAAUCGAUCACCUAUAGAAUUUCCUGAUACUGCUGAUGUUCUUACUAAGCCAAGUGUUGUUUUACACAGAUCUCUGGGCAGUGCACCCAAUUCACCAGAUUUUUAUCAACAAGUUAGAAAUUCUGAUAAUAACUUAUGUAACAGCUGUGGACAUCAAAUAAUGAAAUAUGUUUCAACAUCAGAAUCAGAGUCUGGUACAGACUGCCAUAGUGAAAAAUCAGGUGAUGAAGACAACAUUUUCUUAAAAGAAUCACUCAGCCUUACAGAAACUCAAGAGGAAGUGGAAACAGAGAAUAGAGACAGCAGAAAAUCAUUUUUGGAAGGUGAUAAUCACCUAAUGGAAGAGGCACAGAAUGAACAGCAACCAAAUAUUGAACAGGAGGUAUCACUGGAUCUGAUUUUAAUAGAAGAUUAUGACUCAUUAAUAGAAAAGAUGAGCAACUGGAAUUUUCAAAUUUUUGAAGUUGUAGAAAAGAUGGGAGAGAAAUCAGGAAAAAUCCUUAGUCAGGUUAUGUAUACCUUAUUUCAAGACACUGGUUUGUUGGAAAUAUUUAAUAUUCCCACUCUACAAUUCAUGAACUAUUUUCGUGCAUUAGAAAAUGGCUAUCGAGACAUUCCUUAUCACAACUGUAUACAUGCCACAGAUGUCCUACAUGCAGUUUGGUAUCUGACGACAAGGCCAGUUCCUGGUUUACAGCAGAUCCACAAUGAUCAUGGAACCAGAAAUGAAACAGAUUCUGAUGGUAGAAUUAACCCUGGGCAAAUUGCUUACAUUUCUUCGAGGAGCUGCUCUAUUCCAGAUGAGAGCUAUGGUUGCCUGUCUUCAAACAUCCCUGCACUGGAGUUGAUGGCUCUAUAUGUGGCAGCUGCCAUGCAUGAUUAUGAUCACCCUGGGCGAACAAAUGCAUUUCUAGUGGCUACAAAUGCUCCUCAGGCAGUUUUGUACAACGACAGAUCUGUUCUGGAAAAUCAUCAUGCCGCAUCAGCUUGGAAUCUGUAUCUUUCUCGCCAAGAAUACAACUUCCUUCUUAAUCUUGAUCAUGUGGAAUUCAAGCGCUUUCGUUUUUUAGUCAUUGAAGCAAUACUUGCUACAGAUCUUAAAAAGCAUUUUGAUUUCCUUGCUGAAUUCAAUGCCAAGGCCAAUGAUGUGAACAGUAAUGGCAUAGAGUGGAGUAAUGAAAACGACCGCCUCCUAGUGUGCCAGGUGUGCAUCAAGCUGGCAGAUAUAAACGGCCCAGCCAAAGUCCGGGAUUUGCAUUUGAAAUGGACAGAAGGCAUUGUCAAUGAAUUUUAUGAGCAGGGAGAUGAAGAAGCAAAUCUUGGUUUGCCGAUCAGUCCAUUCAUGGAUCGUUCUUCUCCUCAACUAGCAAAACUCCAAGAGUCUUUUAUUACCCACAUCGUGGGUCCCCUGUGUAACUCCUACGACGCUGCGGGUCUGCUCCCGGGUCAGUGGAUAGAAGCAGAAGAGGAGGAGGAUACUGAAAGUUGUUAUGAUGAAGAAGAUGGUGAAGAAUUAGAUACAGAUGAUGAAGAAGUAGAAGACAACCUAAAUCCUAUGCCACAAAGAAGUAAAGGCAGACGGCAGAUAUUUUGCCCGCUAAUGCACCAUCUCACUGAAAACCACAAGAUAUGGAAGGAAAUCGUAGAGGAAGAAGAGAGAUGUAAAGCUAAUGGGAAUAAACUGCAGGUGGAAAAUUCUUCCUUACCUCAAGCAGAUGAGAUUCAGGUCAUUGAGGAGGCAGAUGAAGAGGAGGAGAGACAGUUUGAGUAAAGAAAAGGCAUCCUGAAGAAGCCCCAGAGGGCUGUGCCCAGAGUCAGAGAUCAUUGCCUGGUGUUCACUGUGAUGACUUUCAACUGACCACCCCUAGUAGAUGCCUUAAUACUGUGAGAGGAUCCUUGCUGUGCUGGCAGUUUCCCACUCCUAUGCACUUUUACCAGAUGAACUAGAAAGUCAACCUCAGAGCUUGGCUUCAUUUGACUCAUAUUGCAGAGCCCUACAUAAUGCCUUCAUUUGCCUGGGAGUAGCUUUUAUCUUUCGUGAGGGAUAGCUAUAAGUAAAAACUCAAGUGAUCUACUUCUUUUCCAAUGUGGCCAGAACUUUUUGCUUUCAUGAAAAUAAGAUUCAUAUUAUAUUUCCAAAUGUGUAUUUUAUGCCUUGGAAUGUUUGGGGAAAAAAAGUCUGUGCCUAUCUAGAAAGGAAUCCAGUGUUGCCUUUCUGAGGGAUCUCUGUUCAGUGCAAGACACUGUUCCGUGCUGUUCUCCCUGCUUUACCCAUGUGGGAACGAGUGACCUUUAGACUUCACAAAAUACAGGUGCAUCAAUUUCUCAUGCUUUUUACUGUUGUGCUUUACCUACUAUGUGUGUUUUAUUUCUGCUCAGAGUAUUCAGGUUUGCUGUGGACAUCAGAAGUCUGAAUUCCAGUCUUAACUAACUUAUAUUCCAUGGUCAGAUUUUAAAGAUAUUUAAGUUUGACAAUGAAGGAAUUUUAUUCUUUAGUCAAAACUGUUUUACUCUUGCUCAGGAUUAAUCGUUUUAAACAUUUAGUAAUAUUAACAGUAACGAUUUGUCAGAAAAAAUAUUGUCCUAACAAUGUUAACCUUUUAUGAAAUGAGCCUUAUUUUCUCUUCUUAAUUAGUCUUGAGACUAAUUAAAGCCCAGGAAAAGAUGUGUGUCUUUUGCCUUAAUGCAAAAAUCAAAUGAAACUAAUUCUAUAAAAGAUAACAGUGGAAAUAGUUUAAGAUCUCAAGGACACAUAUGUUGAAUAAAUAAUAGAAAUAAGUGCUUAUCUGUAGAGCCAUAUCUUAGGUGCUAUGUGGUUACUUACUAUAAAAUUGGUGUUCAUCUUUCUGUUAAUUUCCUUCUGCAUCUAGACUACAUGACUAAAAUUACCUGUGACUACUCAAUAUUUCUUGAGCCCAACUGCCAAUCUAAUUUCUGAGUUAAAGUAAAUGGUGGGAAUACUUAUUUAACUUUUAUAUAACAAAUCUAAAUAUUUUAGUAAAACGUUUCCUGCAAAAGGACCUUAAAGUACUUUCAAAGAAAAUGGACCAUAUUUAUAAUUUUCAUAAACUUCUUAGGGUAAAGAUGUGUAUCUGAGUUGUGAAAAAUUUUUGAAGAUAAAAAGAGCAGACAAUAUGAUAGAUAGCAAGGUGGUAAACUAAUAGUUACCAUUAUUUUUGGAGACUGAAUUAAUUUUGGAUCCAUGCAGCUUUUGUAGACAGUGAAACCAGUAAUUUUCUGAUGUAAUUCCUUUAAAGUAUGUCAGUAGGCAAUUUCUUACCUAUCUACCUAGAAUAUUUAGCUUACCUGAAAGAUUUCAAAAAAGAUCAGAGGAAGUGUUGGAAUUUUUGAUCCUGUAUAGUAUAUUAUUUAAUGAAUCACUAAGUGUUAUUUAUUAGACAACACUGCUGAGUUCCUUCCUACCAGUUUUGCUACCAUUGCCACAUCAUUUGUAACCUGGUUCCAUAUGACUAAGUAAUAAAAUCUUAACUAAUUUAUUGAGUUUGCACUUAAAAUGUAUAUAUCCUGUGCUUCUACUCCUGUAAAGUACACUUUGCAUCCCACAUAUUUCUGCUAUUGGCAAGUACAUUUAUGUAUAAAUUCACAUAUAUGCAUGUAUACAUACUGAGAAUCAAAUUUCCUUACUUUCUAUUUUAUUAAAAUUUUAUAUUGGGGUUGUUUAAUAUAUAUUUUAAUUUUCUCAAAAGGAUCAUAUUUUUAGUCUAAUGCUGAGAAUUCAUUUUUAAACAGCUUAACCCUAAAAACUGACAUAUAAUAGCCCAAAGAAAGACUAGAAAGUGUCCUUCCUGAAACUUAAAUUAAUAAAUUGAACUGAACAGAAAGAAAUGAAUGUGAGAGUAUGUGUUAAGUAUAUAUAGUGCUAUUAGAUGGAAUCUUGAGAAUUUACCAUAAACCAUGUGGCACAUCCUAGUUUGGUUACUACUGAAUCCGACUGUUUUAUUAUAAUAAUUUUCUUAAUGAAUUUGCUAUUAUGUCACUGGUCUUAGAAAUCUUGGUAGUGCUAUAAUAUGUCUGUGUGCUUACUGAUACAUUUUUCUCCAUAAAAGUCUACUUUUCAAAGUUA